AUAGUCCUUUAUGCAAGCUAGCAUGUGACAGAUGCUGACGACCAUGCAUAUUAGAGGAUGAGCUAACUAUCCGAAGUUGAAUUCAAGGCUAAGUCUUGAAAUUUGGACCAGAAAAUCUGAAAGUUCUUAUCUUUUCGAACUUAUGUUGGCUCUCACAUUGUGUAAUCAUUCGGAUUAUUGUUUAGUCUAAUAUGUGGUGCAGGCCUUUAGGGUCAUCCUUAAAAGUGGAGAUGUUUUGUUCACUGCAUACUUCUAGUUGUAAAGUUGCCCUUUGGCCCGAUAAAGCGUUCUUUUUGCAGGCACGCCUGGAGUUGUUGAAUAUGCAAAUUAUAAUGAUAUGAAACGUGCUGUCAGAUGUUUUGUUCUUUCAGGAAGCUGGAUGAUUCUGAAUUUCUAUGCAUUCUCUCGCGCUUAUAUCCGAGUGAGGGAGGACUCGAGGAGUCUGAGUCUAGAUGACAGGUCGAGAAGCAGAAGCUACAACCGUGGCUGUAGUUAUAGUCGAAGCCGCAGCCGCAACCACAGUAUAUCUCCGCGAAGAAAUUCACGCCGUUGUUAUUCUAGAUCUCCUUCGAAGUCCCGCUCGAGAUCUCCCUCUCGUUCUCGCUCUAGCUUGAUGCUUGGGUUGCAUGGGAGCAGAACUUUCCAAUUGGUGCACUUAAAAACGUUUUACUAGCUCUGAAAAAGGAGCAACUAUGGCGUAGAUUCAUACAGGUCUAUACUCUGAGGAAUACGCCUUAUGCUAGUGAGGAAAUUGAUGUGGUUCGUGAGCAAUGGGUUGCAAGUAUUUAAUAUUGGCCCGAGGGCGCUUGAUCGAGUUGGUUUAGAUGUUAUAGAACAAUCUUUUAUGUUAAAAUGUAUGCGUACGUUGAAAUUGGAACAUACAUAUUUUUAAAUUUAUAUGGUACGUGCACUUUGGUUUUGCGAUAUAUACAAAACACCAUUUAUUGUUUUUA